GGUUGGCUCAAAGGGAGUGCCAGCUGGAGGGGUGUGUCGAAGCUAUGGAGGAAUGGACCGUCGGGUCCAUCGUUCUGGCAGCCGUGCUUGGCCUGCUGUGCCUGUGCUGCCAGUUCAUAUGCUGUUGCGUCUGCACAAAUGUUGCGGUGCAAGAGGAAGACAUGACCAAAGACGAUCGUGAAUUCCUGGUGCAAUCACGCGGACAAGCCGAAGAGCGAGCAGCACAGAAUACACCGUGGGCCUUUGACCACCAGCUUGACCAGCCGCAGCAAGCUGACGUAUGCUUCUCCUGUGGAACGACGUCGAACGGGAAAAAGAACGUGGAAGGUUUGAGUCAAGUCCUGGAAACAGCAGCGGCAGCACAACAGGAAGCUUGGAUGAGAGCGAAGGAGGAGAUCAAGGAGAAGAUACACCGGGAGGUUGGCCGCAAGCUGCGAUGUGAGAUGCGCCUGAUGUGGCUGCUUCCCUUGUUGUCCCUCGUGGCAGCCCCUUGGACCACCUGCGCUGGAGGCUCGCCGACCUGGGUUUACUUACUGUACGUCCCAGUGCUGCUUCGUGCGAAGUACAUCGAGUACCAACUGCUUCAGCAGCUCGAGGUCUGCGACGAGAUGCAGAAGGAUCUCGAAACUGCCUGCAACCAGCUACUCACCUGCAAGGUCCCCUGGUCUUUGAAGUUGAUCUUUGAGUUCUGCAUCGGUGCCUUCGAACAUUUCGAUUGGUUUACUGACGGCGCCAUGCCGGUCCAGGCAGCAGUCUGCGACCCGAAAGCAACGGACGUAUGGGCGACCACUUUCGAGGCCUCGUGGUUCCCCAUCUGGGUGCCGCUGAUCCGUGGGCUGCACUUCUGGGGCGUUAUGGUGAUUGCUCUGGUGUCUGCCGGCCUGGCCCAGCAGUUUGCUGCGACCUUGCGAUUGUGGAUCAAGAGCGGCAGCCCUGACGUGGCUAAAGACAACACCAUUGCUGCGGAUGCAGCGGGCCUGGGAUCCAUCGCAUUCUGGUAUGAACAAGAUGAACAGCUGGCGAAGACUCAGACUCAGGAACCGACCAGCAGAAGUCUGGCAACUUGCCUGUCAAAAGUUAUCAUGGAGAACCUGAUCCAGCUGUUUCUGCAGGCCUCCCUCUACGGCAUCAUCUUCGACGAGCUAGACAGGAGUGGGCACUGGAAGGUACUGGCUUCCAUGUGCGUCGGCCUGGCGAUGGCACUCUACAAGCUGAUGCCUGUGUGGAGGUACUUCGCAGUAGGAUGGACGGGUUUAUUUCGGCAGGGUGCACUGUGCGAGCAGAGAUGCUCGGCACUUUUCACGAUUUUGCUCGUGACUUCAGCUUACUUGUCUGGCCUGGUGUUCAUAGCUUGGAUCAUCGCCAAGAUUUCCUUCGCUUUUACAUGCCCCGAUCACCUUUGGGGCCUGACCACUGGCUGUGUCUCCAUGAACUCCACGGAGCACGCGCACUCACAUCACGUGGACCUCUGGCCCUUUUGA